GCGGCCGCGGGAGCGCCCCCGUCCCCGCGGAGGGACGGCCGGGCCGGGCGGUGCCAGCGCCGGCAGCACCGGGCCCAGCCCCCCAGCCCCCCAGCCCCCCUGCUGCCCGGCCGGGCUCGCCGCUGCCCCCGGGGCUGGCGGGGUCACCUUCAUGGGCGGGCGGUAGCGCGGGGCCCGGCGCGCGGCGCUGCCCGGGGCCUGCGGAGGCGUCGCCGGGACAGAGCGGAGGCCGGGAACGGCGGCGGGACCCGGGGCGAUGUUCGUGCAGGAGGAGAAGAUCUUUGCGGGGAAGGUGCUGAGGCUCCAUGUGUGCACCAUGGAGGGCGCGGAGUGGCUGGAGGAGGUUCCCGAGGACACCACGGUGGAGAAGCUGAAGGAGCGGUGCCUGAAGCACUGUGUACCUGGGAGCUUGGAGGAUCCAAAAACUGUGACACAUCAUAAGCUGAUCCAUGCUACUUCUGAGAAGGUGCUGACAGACACAAAAACAGUGUUGGAGGAAAACAUUCAGGAUAGAGAUGUCUUGCUUUUGGUCAAGAAACGUGCACCACCUCCCCUCCCUAAAAUGGCAGAUGUGUCAGCAGAGGAGAAAAGGAAGCAGGAGCAGAAGGCUCCUGAUAAGGAUGCUAUUCUCAAAGCAACUGCAAAUCUGCCCCCUCGCAGCGCGGAUCGCACCGUGGCCCAGCACAACAUGAGGGAUUUUCCUUUCUUGCAGUUCCAGACAGAGCUCCGGAAGAUCUUAGUGUCCCUCAUAGAAGUUGCACAGAAAUUGUUAGCACUGAACCCAGAUGCAGUUGAACUAUUUAAGAAGGCAAAUGCCAUGCUGGAUGAGGAUGAGGAAGACAGAGUGGAUGAGGUGGCUCUGCGGCAGCUGACGGAGAUGGGCUUCCCGGAGAGCAGGGCGGUCAAGGCCCUGCGGUUAAAUCAUAUGUCAGUGACACAGGCCAUGGAGUGGUUGAUAGAACAUGCAGAUGACCCUACAGUGGAUGCUCCACUGCCAGGUCAUACUCCCUCAGAAGCCACAGCUGAAGCUGGUGCAUCCUCUGCUGAGGCAACUGCAGGUCCUAGCUCAGAAGCAGGUGAGGAAGAGGCCAAGGAUGAGCUGACAGAAAUAUUCAAGAAGAUCCGGAGGAAAAGAGAGUUUCGUCCGGACCCACGAGCUGUCAUUGCCCUGAUGGAGAUGGGAUUUGAUGAAAAAGAAGUGGUGGAUGCACUCAGAGUAAACAACAACCAGCAAAAUGCAGCCUGUGAAUGGCUGCUGGGAGACAGAAAGCCUUCUCCAGAAGACUUAGAUAAGGGCAUUGACACCAAUAGCCCUCUCUUCCAAGCCAUCUUAGAAAACCCAGUGGUACAGUUAGGGCUAACCAACCCUAAAACUCUACUAGCCUUUGAGGAUAUGCUUGAAAACCCCUUGAACAGCACUCAGUGGAUGAACGACCCGGAAACUGGGCCCGUCAUGCUCCAGAUCUCCCGAAUCUUCCAGACGCUGAAUCGCACGUAGAGAGGGGACACCAGCCCACUGUGCCACCUCCUCCUGCCCCUGGCUUCACCCUCCCCUCAGUGGGAGGGUGCAGGGGAUGGCUGGGAAGGGGGGUGGAUGGAAGGGGAAGUGGGGGGGAGAUCCUGUCUGAGGGAGGGUCUCUCACACGAGAGCUUCUGUAGUUACGGCCAACUGAAGUGAAUUGCCUUGUGGAUUUAGUGGUAGUGGAAGAGGUUUGAAGACUUGUUUAUGUUUGCAGGCAUUAGGCUUAAAAUAAAGUCUAUCCAAAAAAUAGGAAAAGGUUUUGUGAAAACAAUUAAGAAUCUGGUAUGUUGGAAAGAAAUGUGAAAAUGCUUGUUAAAAAUGCCUGUGACAGUAGUUUUCUAGCCAGUUUUGCUAGCAGCUGGCUAGUGUUUACAAAAGGUCACUGACCACUAGCAUAGGAUGUUAAUCAUCUCCAUGCAGUAUUAAUUUAUGGCUACAUCAAAUCACAAAAUGCUUUUAAAAAAUUGAUUCAUAGGAAAUAUUUUGGGGUUUUUUUAAAAGUCCAAAUAUUGGGAGAGCAAGCACAUUUCUUAUCCAAACUUGUUUAUCUUGUGUUAUAAUUUAAACAGAAUAAUUCAGAAGUGGAAUUCUUUUAAUAAAUAGCAUUACUUUUUCCUAUUUAUUUUCUGCAUUAGUGUUGUUGCAGUCCCACAGGGGUUGGUAGGAGAUGCUCUGUCAGGGAAGAUGCAGUGUCUCUUUCAUGACAACUUGCUGCACCAAAGCUUGGAUUCUCAACUAGGCUGCAGUUCACAGGUUCAUGCUUUGCCAGGUCCCAGCACAAGGAGGGAUAUAUUCAUGGAGUGGGCUUUUUCCAGUUUUAUGUGCAUAGUUUUGGAAAGGGAGGCUUGUGGGUUUGUUUGUUUUCAAACUGUUUACAAAAAAGCAAUUCAUUUGCAUGGGUUUUCCACUGGUGAUCUGUGAAGAAGCAGAACCCCUUAGGUUUUUUGUUUUUUUUCAAUUUUAAUGUAUUUAAAAUCACACUUUAAAUGAUAAUCAUCUUUGAGAUAGAAGUGGCUUUUCUUGGCACUUAUUUUCCCUUGGAAAUGCCAGGAGUGUCAGGCUGUGUCUUUCCUAUUCUGUUAGAAGACUGACUUGAGGUUUCACACAGGAGUUGUGAGCUGUGAGGAACAGAGCUCACUGGUGAAUAUCCAGAUAGUUACUGCUACCACAGGGCUCUGCAGGGGUUACUUUUUUAAGAAUCUGAACAAAAAUGUGUUUUGUUUUCAAGUUAGUGAAACGUGAGUGACAUCUGUCAUAAUCCCUGCCAUGUCCUGGCUCUUUUGCAGCCUGGGUUUGGAAAGGCAGGCUAGGCAAGACCUGCCUCUCUAAAAUGUGGAGUAACCUGAUGCAAACCCUGUCCUUAAGUAGCACGGAGCUGUCCUGUCACAGAGACAUCCUGAACAGCUCUGCAAGUCAUCUUUUAAAGUGUGGGUUGGGUUUUUGAAACAAAAAUGCAACAAGAUGCAACCCGAAACACUACAACAAGUUUUGGCCUGAACUUGGCAUUCAGUGUGUGCUGUUGUGCAGUGGAGGCACUGAAGUUGCCAAUUUCACAUAAUUAAUAUGAAGGGUGGGGAAAUCAAAGCACUAUGAGAUUUUAUCUUGACUUACUAUCCCAGGACUAAUUUUUCUUUAGUUUGUAAUUUCAUAUUGAGCUUUAUGGUUCCUGCCUGCUGAGAUAGUCACUUUUACAUUUAGAAAUACCCAGCUUUCUAGAGAUGUUUUUUCGGUUCAGGUUGGUCAGUAAAACCAUUUUCCUGGACUCUUGCUAAGAGCAGACUGACAGCAUGGCAUGUCCUGUGGCUGGGAGGGUGGGAACCUGGUCCCACAACCCAGUGAGUCCAGCAAACUACUCACGAGUUGCAACUGAAUGUUGCAGUGUUAUGAAAGGUUUUGAUUAUUUUGUCCAUUUUUUUCUUACUUCCUGCAGCUUUUUGCCUGUCACAUCACCAGGAGACACCAUUACUUGAAGCUCUUCAUGUUAGAGGUGUAUGUCCUUCUCUGCCAAUCAGGAUUCUUGUCAAUCUUCUUGUUAAUGAGUGUUUUUAGAAGACAAAGCUGGGGAACACUACCCUGUAGUUUGGUGAGGGGUGUUUGGCUUCUGAAUGAGUAAGGGCAGGUUCAGACUUACCAACCAGGUGCUUCAGUAGCAAUCUUGGGCUGUGAAGAGUGUAAAGACUUGUUAAAGUGCUGCUUUUGACUUCAGUAAUACAUGCUCAGACUCUGGAGUGGCUGUAGGGCUUCCAAACCAGGCAAGGAUCAUCUGGCAGCUUUAGAGUCAGACAAAAGUUUGGCCUCUGGUUUGUGGGAAGAACCUGGUGACCUCAGUAUGGCAAGAGUGAGCAGCCCAUCUGGCCUCUCCUGGUGUGGGAGGAGCUGCCCCAGGACUGUCUUGCUGCUGACAGGGCAACAUGGAUGAUGGAUUUGAACCCAGCUCCCAGUAGUUAGGGGGUUGGAGGUGGGUACAUCCCUGGUAGGUGGUGUCUGACCUGCUUUGUGGCUCCAUUCCAAGCGUGGAGGUUCUGCUUGUGCAUCAAUCCCACAGCCACAGGGUUGGAGUGUGACACUGCCAGGACCUGCUGCUGAACUGUGCCUGGGCUUCAGGGUCAGUUGAAUCAGGGUGAUGGAAGUGAUCAGAGCUGCCUCCCUUGACAUGCCAGAACAGGAUUGGUGCCACUGAACCUUUUACAAAGGGGGGAAGAAAAGCAUCAGUGAAACAAAUAAUCUAAUAGAAGAAGGGCAGGAAUGGCUCAACAACACAAGCCCAUGAUGCAGCAGCAGUUGGAGGCCUUAGGAAUACAGGAAUGCUGCAUCUUUAAAAUGCUCGAAGGCUUGAGAAUAGGUGGUUGUUUCUGGAUGUUGUUAUUCCAGAGCUCAGCACACACUUCAGGUGCUGAGGAGUGUGUCCUUCCUGAUCUGCCAAAUGGUUCUCUUGCUUGGGGUGGCUUUGACAUAGACCUGCUUGUCUGUCAAGAGCCAAUAGCUGAAAGAGGCCAGAGCUCAGGAGGUGUGAUGUUUGCAGCAAGGCAUAGGAACUGAUUUAAACCAAACAAAAACUACCCUUUAGGUUGAAGGAACCUUUGAGGAGUUGAGUGAGACAUCAGUGGUGCUGUUAGGGUAUGAAUUAGCAGCAGAUUGUGUGUCCUCACCACACCUGGGUGUGUUGCUGCUACUUCAGCACAAUAAGUGGAGGGGAGAGUUAUGUCCCUGUUCAUGCAAAGAUGAUUAUCCCAGUUUUUACAAAACCUGCAAAAAUCUGAAAGAUCACUUACUGAGUCAGCCUGUGCCGACAGGUCUCCAGGCACAAGGAGAAUGUGUGGUAAGAGCUUUGCCUGGUGAUAAACUGUCCUGUUCUGUAGCUGAAGGGUAGAGGGCUGGUGGAUCUGGUCUGUAGGCCAGGGAGAGGUCCCUGAGUACAUGGGAAUGCAAGGUUUUGUUUAAAAGAAAAAGGGAAAAAAAGCUUUUGUGAGGAAGAACUACUCACAGGAGGAUUUACAGGUUCAGGUCCCAUGCUUGCACCUCUGGUGUUCAAGUUAUAACUAGCAAAGUCAUGUGGUAUUUAAGUGUCUCCUAAUGUGGUCAUGGGAAUGGUUGGAAGCCUGUGAGAUGAUGGAGGGAGGAAAAGGGGCAGUAGGUACCUCAAACAGUGUCUGUUUCUUACAGUUCUCUUGGCCCCAUCAGCUGAUACAGACAAUCUUCUACCUUUUGGUAUCACAGGACUCUUGAAAGCUAGCUAGCUAUUUAUUUAAAUAUAUCUAACUUAGAAUGUUGUCAUCAAAACACUGAUAUUUUUCAUAGAAAUGCACAAUAGGGAAGUUUGUUCUCAGGGCUUGAUAUUUAUACUCUUUUUAGGGGGAUGCAUUUAAAGGGAUGUAUUUGGAAAAAAUGCCAGUGGCCACAUUACAACUUGGACCUUGAUUGUCUUGACCUGUGAGCCUGAGCUAGAGUAACUCCCCUAGCAAAGUAUCUGAUCCCAUCCCAAGGAUCUGCCCCUCCUCUCCUGUGAGCAGUGACAUGGCCCUUCCCUCAGGAUUGCUGCAUCAGCUGUGGGAUGGUCACACACCAUUCCCAGCUACUUCACAGUUCCCUGAUCUUUACACCGUUUCAAGGACACUUCUCCCUGCAGCUGGAAAAUUAGCUUGCCCUGAUGCUAAAGCAGCCACCAGUGCCCCCUUGCUCUCCUGGGCUGGUCCAGGGUUCUCUCCAGCGGGAGCUCUGGACCCUCCAGCUGGUGGCUCCUUCUGGGCUGCUCUCAGCCUCUGUCACAGAUGUGUCCCAGAACCUCGACCCUCAUUUCUUUCCUCACUCUCCUGGAACUAAACCUCUCUUUUGGAGAUUGACCUUCAUAUCCAAGGAGCACUUCAGUGGUUAUUGAAAUCCUCUUUAGUUGGGACUGUUAGGAUGAAUUAUUUUUUAGGCAUCGUGGUUCAUGGGCUGAGGGGCUGUUCAUGUAUUUUGGAAGCUGUUUAAAUAAGCGUUGUACCAAACGAAUGUAUAGUAACCCUGUCAGCAGAUGUUGCCUGGGGAGGAGCUCCAGAGGUGACCAGUGGUCUCUCCUUCAGUGGCAAUUCUCUGAAGGUCACGUGCACAGGACAGUGAGUGUUUCAUCCAAAGUAAAUACCCUCUUUUUCUACUUUUAAUAAAUAGCAUUUUUAUUAACUAGCGGAGUAGCAGCGCUUGCAACUGGGUGUUCCCAUCCCACCAUAGUCCUUGUGCUUUGGGGCAUAAGCAAAGCACUGACUGGAUCCUGCUCUCUGGGCUGGUGGUUUGUCUGAAGGGGGCUUGUCUUGGCUGUUGGAGGUGGGACAGUCAGUGAGGUUCCUGCAGAGGAACCAGCCCACACUGUAUAUUACGUCUACUGUGCUAUCAUGGUGGUUGUUCUCACCUGCAUCCUGACAUCUAGGUGUAGCAAAAGGGGUAUUUUUUUUUAAGGACCUCUUUUCCUAGAUUUGAAAAUCUUUAAUGCAGAUCCUGUUUGCAGCAUGUGAACUUCAAUAAAUGUAAAUGCAUUAAAUUCUUACUGAAUUUGGGUACAGUUUUAUAUCCUGCUCUGGGGAGAGGGAAGAAAUCGGAUCACGUUUUAACCUAAGCCCCCACAACACGGUGUCUUUGUUGCAGCAGGUAACAGAGGCCUGUAGAGAUUUUUAAUUUGCAUAUUUUUAUCAUAGCUUAAUGAGCUGUACAAGAAUGUGAUUUGCUAUCCAGCACUUCCCACAAGGCAGCACCAGUGAAAUUAUAUUGCAAGGUACUGACUUCACAUUUUUCAUUUCACCUAUGUAUAAACUAAUUAGGUACAGCAUCCAGUAGUUUUUUAUGGCACUGACACUGGUGUGUGGCAUGCACAGCUGAUCCUGAGGUGUGACAUUACUUUUAUGAAGCUAAACUAGGGCAGAUGUCCCUGAGCCUGUGGGAUUUGGGAUUCAUUCAGGACACGCUCGUGUGGGUCGCUGCUCUUGGAGUGGGAAAACCAGCAGGCUUUGCUCCCAGACCACAGCUCCCCAGGCAAGAGAGGCUUUUGAGCAGUCAAUAUUGUCUACUGAAAUAUAUUCCUGGAAGUCACUGAGUGGUUAGCAAAGCCAGACCAGUUCAGGAUGAAACCUUGAGCCUGCAGAGGAGCUGUACUCAUGGAGGAGGCUGGGAUGAAUGCUGAGUCUUUGAACCUGCUCACACGAACACUGAGGACACUGAUGUUAUGCGUGUUGUAAAUUUAUAAUAUAUCUUAAAAAUAAAGUUUUUUGUUUAUUA